AUCAGCUUAAAUGCAGUGCCAUAUUGAAAUAUGUAUAAUCUGGUUACUCUAUUGCAUCUGUAAUGGAUUGCCAGUCCUGGCAGCAGAUGGAAAAUCAUGGCAAAAUAUUAUAGUCCAAGCGGAAGCACUAAUAUCCAGCUUAGAGCGAGAAUUGAAUCAAUUUAAAGCGAUGAAGUCGCUUUCCGUGCCCAAAGGCUAUCCGCCAUCGUGCUUGGCGGCCAUGAUCAAUACAAACACCAUACAAACUAUACAAGUGCCAGGGUUGCCACCCUUUGCGGUCGCUUGUGAGACGCGCACAGCAGGCGCAGGCUGGACAACCAUACAACGACGACAAGACGGUAGCGAAAACUUUUAUCGCAGCUGGGACGAGUAUCGAAAGGGUUUUGGAAAUCUGCACGGAGAAUUCUUUAUCGGAUUGGAGAAUUUACAUGCUAUGACCUCGGCAGAGCCAAAUGAGCUGUAUAUAUAUCUACAGGACUUUGAUGGCGAAUCCCAUUAUGCCAAAUACGAUCACUUCAUCGUGGGCAAUGAGUCCGAUGCAUUUUCACUGCUCUCAUUGGGAAAAUACUCUGGCGAUGCUGGAGAUUCUUUAAGAUAUCAUGAGGGAAUGCCAUUUUCCACUUUCGAUAAUGAUCACACCAGGGGUCAAUGUCCAUUAUCGAAUGUGGGUGCUUGGUGGUACAAGGAGUGCGAGCAUAGUAACUUAAAUGGUCAGUAUAUCGAGGGCGGCAGAUAUGAAGUGAAGCUAUCGGGUCGCGGCAUUUGCUGGAAGAGCUGGAGGGGCUACGAUUAUGGCUACAAGCUAACACAAAUGAUGAUAAGGCCAAGGUGUCGAGCAGCUUCAUCGACUAAGCCCUAA